UAUUCUUCCUACGCAGUGAGUGAGUAAGUUUUAUGUAUCAAAGUGCCAAGUCAUGUAACUUGAUUACAAUACUUAAUGUACUUGCAUUUGUUCGCUCUUUACAUUCAUUCAAUUCUUGCUUUACAGUACUUGUACAUUUGCUUAGAUGUACAUCUCUCUUAGCUGCAAUGAAACAUAGCUAGAGCCCCUGGGAGCCGCCACUGUAUCAGACUACCCUGUUUACGCUCUCUGAUGGUAUAGUCGCUCUUUAUAUUCAAUUAAUUCUCGCUUUACAUUACUUUUACAUUUCCUUAGAUAUUUACCUCUCUUACUAUUGUAUAUUGAUAUAAUUAGCUCUAAUUGAACAUAGCUAGAGCCCCUGGGAGCCGCCACUGUACCAUCCUACCCUGUUUACACUCUCUGAUGGUAAAGUUGCUCUUUACAUUCAAUUAAUUCUCGCUUUACAUUACUUUUACAUUACUUUUACAUUUCCUUAGAUAUCUACCUCUCUUACCAUUGUAUAUCGAUAUAAUUAGCUCUAAUUAAACAUAGCUAGGGCCCCUGGGAGCCGCCACUGUACCAUCCUACCCUGUUUACACCCUGAUGGUAAAGUAGAUCAAACUAACCAGCCCAAUUCUGAUCAUUCCAGCGUCAUCUGCAGAUACCUCGUGAAACUUCGGCCUUGAUGUCGGCCAACAUCAUCAGGUCACGUGACAAUACUAUAUUGAUACGUGUCGACGAAGGGAGCCACGAUUCACUGCUCUGUGGCCAGUUGAGCUUACGCGGCGAGGUUUGCUCGUAUCCUUUCUUUAAUCGACUGUCCUCGCGGCUGUGUUGAUUCCAGACAUCACUGAGAAACAGCGUCGUCUAGAAUAGUCCUCAUCUCGGAUUCAAAAUGGGUUUCAAAUUCCUGGAGGUGAUAAAGCCGUUCUGCAGUAUACUCCCAGAAAUAGAGAAGCCACAGCGAAAGAUCCAAUUUCGGGAGAAGGUACUAUGGACCGCGAUCACGCUGUUCAUCUUCUUAGUAUGCUGUCAGAUUCCCCUGUUUGGUAUCAUGUCAUCGGACAGCGCGGAUCCCUUUUAUUGGAUUCGAGUUAUCCUUGCGUCGAACAGAGGAACCCUCAUGGAGCUGGGAAUCUCCCCUAUCGUUACGUCUGGUCUAAUCAUGCAGCUGUUGAGCGGUGCAAAGAUCAUUGAAGUUGGGGACACUCCGAAGGACAGAGCACUUUUUAACGGCGCACAGAAACUGUUCGGUAUGGUCAUCACUGUUGGCCAAGCCAUUGUGUACGUGAUGACUGGGAUGUACGGCGAUCCAACCGAGAUAGGAGCAGGAGUUUGUUUAUUGAUCAUUAUCCAAUUGUUCGUUGCUGGAUUGAUCGUACUGUUACUGGACGAACUUCUCCAGAAAGGAUACGGAUUGGGAAGUGGUAUCUCUCUCUUCAUCGCAACAAAUAUUUGCGAAACAAUUGUAUGGAAAGCGUUCUCUCCCACUACGGUUAACACUGGGCGUGGUACAGAAUUUGAAGGCGCUGUGAUUGCCCUGUUCCAUUUAUUAGCUACGAGGCAAGACAAAGUUCGAGCUCUUCGCGAGGCGUUUUACAGACAGAACCUUCCCAAUCUCAUGAACCUGCUGGCCACGGUCUUAGUAUUCGCUAUAGUGAUUUACUUCCAGGGCUUCCGCGUGGACUUGCCAAUAAAAUCUGCCAGGUACAGAGGCCAGUACAGCAGCUACCCUAUCAAGCUGUUCUAUACCAGCAACAUACCGAUCAUUCUCCAAUCGGCGCUCGUCUCCAAUCUCUACGUCAUCUCGCAAAUGCUGGCCGUCAAGUUCCAAGGAAACAUGAUCGUUAAUCUCCUGGGAGAAUGGUCCGACGUCGGCGGCGGUGGUCCAGCUAGAUCUUACCCCGUCGGAGGGCUGUGCUACUACCUGUCACCGCCGGAGUCCGUGGGACACAUCCUUCAGGAUCCUAUUCACGCCGUCCUCUACAUACUCUUCAUGCUCGGAUCUUGUGCGUUCUUCUCCAAGACGUGGAUCGAGGUUUCCGGAAGUUCAGCAAAAGACAUCGCUAAGCAAUUGAAGGAGCAACAGAUGGUGAUGAGAGGGCACAGAGACAACUCGAUGAUUCACGAACUGAACAGAUACAUACCGACUGCUGCGGCGUUCGGUGGCCUGUGCAUCGGUGCCCUGUCCGUGUUGGCCGAUUUCCUUGGGGCGAUCGGCUCCGGCACCGGUAUUCUCCUCGCCGUCACGAUCAUAUAUCAAUACUUUGAGAUCUUCGUUAGGGAACAAAGUGAAAUGGGUGGCAUGAGUACGCUACUCUUCUAAUCUUCAUCCCCCAUAGACUUUAAAAGUGAACAUUUUUCAAUUCUCAAGAACUGAAUAAUAUAAUUUAUUGUAAAGUAAGCCCACACGACGCUGUUAACGACGUUGAUCAGUCGAGGGACUGGAAAUGAAAAGUCUUCGACACGAAUCGAACCGCACAGCUCUUGUUCCCCCUUUAUUCUCUUCAUUAAAAACGAACGCAUUCAUACAGAAACAUAUAUGUAUAUAUAUAUACAUCAGGAUGUGUUAAUUUAGAGCAUUAUUCUAAUUUUUUCAAAUGCUGAUUGAAAAAUUUACAGUAGAUUACAAAACAAAAAUUUUCUCUCUCCUUUCGAGAGUAUUUUUCAUGAACUGAAGAAUAUUUUAAGAAAAUCGAAGUACGCAGUUUCGUAGAGCACAAGAUUAUCUACAAAAAGGUCUUACGAGUCAAGUUUGUACGACCGAUACUUUUCGAAUUAUUUACCUAGAAAUAAAAUCUUUAAUUGAACCUGAUGUAAAGUCUUUCAGAGAAGCUUCUCGGAAAUAACUCGUAAAAUAUCGAUUUUUCGAAAGUGAUACAAGGGAGCUUCUUUGUAGAGAAUUAAAUUGUCUACAAAAAAUUUUCUAUACAAAUUUUUCAUGAAAUCGAUAUUUUCGGAGAUAUUCGUUCUGUCAAACAUAUCUCAAAUUUAAAAUACGACUCGAUAUGUCAGAUAAUUUAUGGAUCUUCUUUUUCAUCUUCUGAUUACAUUUAUUAAAAAUUACAAAAAUAUUUCCCGUGCAUGUCAAAUGCAUGUAUCAAUCGACCAGCCAAGUUUUAUCAGUUUUUCAAUCAGCCCUCAACUAAAAAAAAUAAUGUUACUCUAACACAACAAACCCUAAGAUAUACAUAUAUACAUAUGUAACGCGACAGUCUUCUUGAAAGAAUAUUUUUCUUUUACAUACACUUGUUACAUACUUAAAGAAUAUUUCAUUGUCCAUCAUGUAUUGGAUAUCGUCAUCGUCAACAUUCAUUUACGCGUCACGAAACGAUUGUACCGUCUUUUAUAUGUAGAUGAAAGAUUGAUAACGAUUCUACGCUGUGCCAAUUAAUACCGAAAAGGCAUUAUCAAGCAUUUUUGACAGAGCGUAGAAGUCAGCACUCGGUCACGAAAGCGCUCGAAUGCGAAUAAACGGAACGUUUCGGCGUCGAACGGUCCGGUUUCGCACGCAUGGAUGGAAUAUCUUUCAUACAACGAGCACUGUACAUAGAAAGAAAGUAAUUAAAUAUUUUCAGCAUUUUUUACUAGCGUUUUAUGCUCCGAGCGACGAAGGAGCCACGCGAAACGCUCUCUUCUUCUCUAAAAGCGAGCGCGAAUUAAAAUCGUCAGAGACAUUUAUACGGAUAACAAACCAUCGCAUAAUAUCUAAUCAUUCGUUCGGUUGGGUCGAGACGCUCGUCCAGAGUAUUCGCGCAACUAGUUCGCUCAUCAUAGAUAAUACAUCAUUCCUAUAUUGAUUAAAAGUUAAAUUAAUAUUCGUUUCAUCGUGUGUAUUUAGGAGAAUGUGCUUUUAUAAAAACCGAAACUUAAUAGUUUCCGUCUUCUCUUUCAUCCUGUUCCUUUCGCUCACCUCGAACAGUAAGACGCAGAACAAAUAUGAAAGAAGGAGAGCGAGCUGCGUAUUUGUGCAACGUAUUACGUACUGUAUAUUAUUUAGCUAUAUACGAAUAUCGGUAAAAGUUUUGUUUCUUAUUUUAUACGAUACGAAAAUGCUGUCUUUUAUUUUGUACUUAGAGCUGUUAUUAAAAAUUUCCUCCAAACUCUA